GCCCGCUGAAGGAGGAAAGCAAGAACAGAUGAAGGGUUGAAAGACCAGAUGGGGGUAUGUCGGAAAUCCUUCGCUGCAAUGGCAGGAUGUGCGAGUGGCUCAUGGAAACGAGGCAGUGACGGCUCCAGCAUCAGCUGCUCAAGAGCGUUCGAGACAAACGUAUCAAUGCUCGAAGCGGCAUGCCGUCUCCGUUCGGGAAAAGCAAGAUCUGUUGAUGCAAGUGCCGCAACGCUUUGUAACUUCGAAGUGUUCUCCGAUUUCUGUUCGGCUUCAGUCAAUUGUGCAAAGUCAAUAUGCACUGGAAGCGGUCUGGAAGAUGACGACAGGUGGAAUGAACGAAUGAAUACCCCGAGCGAUUUAGGAGUCAGAAGCAGCGCCGCUGCGCUACCGAUAUCCGGAAUCAAUUGUAAAACCGUGCCUGUCUCGUGCCAGGUUCAGCACUCCACAGAGUUAUCUUGUCAAACCUUACGAAUGGACAACAUCACGACUUUUAUCGUGAUAGGAAUGUCAUCGAGGCUUCUUGAGGCUUCAAUCAAGGCCUCUGGUUGGUUCAGGCUCGCCGAAGGUAUCUCAGGGAUCAUUCUAGAGUUCAGCGUUCAGAAUUUGAUCCAUGGAGGUGACAUCUCCGUUGCUCGGGUGCAGAAAUUUUCAGAAGACUCGAUCGGACUAAAACAUGGGAAGGCGCUGUUUCGGUGGCCGAAGAAUAGCAUGGGUGCGCCAAGUCAUACAUAAUAUGUUUGGCCAACGUUUUACUACAGAAUGCGACACUCGAUAUUGGAGUCACCUAUUUUCGCAACUGGUCACAUUUGGACGGCGAUGGGGAGUUUACACAUCAGUCAAGUGCUGAUGGUGCAGGCUGCCUGAGAUCUUUUACUUUGAUUGCGAGUGCUUCUCGGAGCUCCGCUGUGUCUUCUGUCACCAGAUUUUAGGGACAAACAUCAAGAGUUAUCACGCCGAUCUUUUAGAGACGGACACGUCGUAAACGAGCCGCUCCCGUACGGCUGCGCAUUCACUUGCAGGAGACAUACUGCUUCAUUCGGUGAAAAAUACAACCUGAGUACUUUC